AGCAGAGCCUACCAGUUGACAUCUCAAUCACGUUGCGCUUGUUUUGUCCAGCAGAGGGGGCUACUCGCUAUAGCAGCUUCAUUAUCUCUUCUACUGACUACUUGCUCGUGCUAGUUUUAGAGAAAACUGCUGUGGAAAACUCAGCCAGAAGCUAGCAAGUGUCAAAUUAAUCCACAUCACCACAAACGUCUUUUUAAACCAGAUUGGAGAGGAAGGAGAAGGAAAAAUGAAGGGAGUAAAAAGAGUGAAGCAAGGAGAGUGUGGAACAGUGAGGUGGAAAGGUAAAGAGAAGGAAAGGAAGAAAGAGCAGGAAGACGAGUGAAGAAAAGAGGAGGAGAAAGAUUGGAGGAGAAGAAAAAGUUAAGAGAGUAAGAAGAGUCACACAAAGAGAGUGAAGAAGAGCAGACAGAGGAGGUACAAUGGCUCUUUCCAAUAAACGGAAAUGCCAUGUUAAUGACAACAUGAUGAGAGAAUUUCCAUUUAUACGCUCAGGUCAAGACGAUAGAAUGGUUAACUGCACCCUUUGUAAUUCUUCUUUUUCAAUUGGCAGCGGGGGAAGAACGGCAGUGGUAGAACAUCAACAGACCAAAAAGCAUAAAGCCUCUCUGAUUGCCCGUGUUGGUAUGCCCUCUGUCACCACAUUCUUCAAGAAGGUAGAGCCUUCCCAAGAAGAAUAUGAUUUAGCUGUGCAGGAGGGUGUCUUUGCAUACCACACUAUGCGACACAAUCAUAGUUACAGAUCUAUGGAUUGCACAGCACAACUCACACGGAAGCUUUAUGAGCCAAAGUUUACUCGUGCUAGGACAAAAUGUGAAGCCACAGUGAGUAAUGUGUUAGCACCAUGGGCAACUACUUUGGUAACACAGGACAUAGACCAGGUUGAAUUUGUGUCCCUGUCCGUUGAUGGGUUCAAUCAUGGACAUGUAAAGCUGCUGCCAAUACUAGUUAGAUAUUAUAAGAUAUAUGAUGGCAGCACAUCUGUGGAAACAAAACUGCUUGAUUUUGUUGAAUUGAAAGGAGAAACAGCAGAGGAAAUUGCAGCUGAGGUCCUGGCGGUCAUCCAAAAAUGUAACCUGGAAAACAAAGUUGUGGCAUUCUCUGCCGACAACACAAAUACAACCUUUGGUGGACUGAAUAGGCUGGGAAGGGUCAAUGUCCAUACCAAAGUUAAAAAUGCUCUGCAACGGGAGGUGAUUGGCUUAGGUUGUCCUGCCCACAUCAUUCAUAACACGGCCAGAACAGCUUUGGAUAUGAUUCCCCUUGAUGUUGUGUACCUGCUCACAAAGAUAUUUGGAUAUUUUCACCGUCAGAGUAGAAAGACUGAAGAGCUUUUGCGAUUUUGUUGGCCAGGAGUACCAUAACAUUUUAGGACACAGCAAUGUUCGCUGGCUGUCCAUGCUCCCUGCUCUAGAAAGAGUGCUGAAAAUGUAUGUGCCAUUGAAAAUGUAUUUCUGAAGACAAAUGCCCUGUUGUCCUGCGGACAAUGUUCGUAGAUCCACUGUCUGAACUUUGGCUGGCCUUUGUCUAUGGAAACUUGACUGUAUUCAGUGACACGAUCAAGAUGCAUGAAGGCCAGGACCACUGUGCUGUGGAGUCCGCUGCAAUUCUGAGAAACAUUGAGGCAAAAUUGACUGCAAGACGUGAUGACAACUUCAUUCCAGUUUUGGUCAGAGGAGAUUAGGUUGGUAUCAGUAUACAAUGUAGGUACCAACCUCAUCGUCUUAUCUCUUUAUGUUGUUAAGUAUUUCACAUAUACUAUUGUCUGUUUUUUCAAUUUUGCUCAUGUUCUCUUCUGCUCUUAUUCUACCCAGACUACCAGGACCACUGUUCAGAUCAGACAGUUUUGUCUCGUCUGUAGUGUUUCUGUAAUAUAGUUAGUUGUUUUCUCUGUCUAUCACAGUGUGCCUGUUAGACUAAAUACAUGAAACCGGAAUUGUCUCCCUUUUUCAUUUCAUAGAUAAUAACAUUGGAUAUUUUAAUGAUAUAUUGACCGCCGAGCUGGAAAUGUCCCCGGUUUUAAUUUCAGAAAUCUGGUCACCUUAGUCUAUUGCCAACAUGGCUAGCUAAGUUAUAAAAUGCGAUCUCACAGUUUUUGUCUGAAGUGCUUUUUGAAAGCCUAACAUAUUGUAAGAUGAUGGUGUCAUG